GGGCCGUCGACGCGCGGAGAAGGGAGUGUCUCGCGUCUGUAGCUGGCGCGCGAGCUCGCCCCGUCCAGCCUGCCCGUUUUAGGAGAGCGCUGAAAAGAGAUCCGGGAUGGCGCGGAACAUCUUCCAUCUGUGUCUGAUUUAUAAUGAGUGCCAAAUCUGCUAUCAAUAAAGAGAUUUUUGCGCCACAUGAUGAAAGGAUGCUGGGUGCUGUCCAAGUAAAAAGGAGAACGAAGAAAAAGAUUCCUUUCCUGGCAACUGGGGGUCAGGGUGAAUACUUAACCUAUAUUUGCUUGUCAGUGACGAACAAGAAACCUGCACAAGCAUAUAUUACAAAAGUUAAACAGUUUGAAGGUUCUACUUCUUUUGUACGAAGGUCACAAUGGAUGCUUGAACAGCUUCGCCAGGUUAAUGGUUUAGACUCCCAUCGGGAUUCCCCAGAAUUUGAUUUAUUGUUUGAAAAUGCUUUUGACCAAUGGGUGGCAAGCACAGCCUCUGAGAAAUGUACAUUCUUUCAAAUUCUCCAUCAUACUUGUCAGCGGUAUCUUACAGACAAAAAGCCAGAAUUUAUUAAUUGCCAGUCUAAAAUUAUUGGAGGUAACAGCAUACUACAUUCAGCAGCAGACAGUGUGACAAGUGCAGUACAAAAAGCAAGCCAGGCUUUGAAUGAGCGUGGUGAAAGAUUAAGUCGAGCUGAAGAAAAGACAGAGGACAUGAAAAACAGUGCUCAGCAGUUUGCAGAAACUGCACACAAGCUUGCCAUGAAACACAAGUGUUGAAAAUGCCUGUGUAGAGAUAUUUCCAAGAGGAACUGCAAAAAUAGGAUUGGCCAUUUUUACUGGAAAUGAAAGUCUGUGUCUCUUUUUUCCAACAAUUUGGUAAUCAGUAAUUCCAGUUAUCAUUAGGAAAUAAGUAGUAUUCCUACUUUUUCUAUUGCUAGGUCAUUCAGUGUCUGUCUUCUUUUAAUACUUAAAAUAAGAGAUGGUGUUACAUGUAAAUUGGACCAAAGGAUAUACUGAACUGCACUGAUCUGCAGCAAUCCAUUGUUCUCAAUAUUGUGUAGGAAUACAGUAUUUUAGCUGCAAGAAAGGUGACCAAGUCAAAGUAAAGUCUGGUAAUUGGUAUAGAGUUGCUUCUUAGAGCAAAUUUUGAAGUAAGAGGGUUUAUAACUUAUAUCACUGGGCAACAAAAAUAAGUUGCUGUGAAAACAGCUUGACUUCUUAGUUUUGCCAUUUUUAGCAAAUUUAUUUUGCACGUGCCAUCACUAGCAUGGUAGUUUGAAUUUGAAUUAUCCAUCAUGUUGUCGACACUACUUUAAAAAAAAUCAUAUUUUUCCUAAUGUCUGAGUUUAUUUUAAUAUUACCAAAACCACAUUUGAAAUGUUAAGAAAAGUCUGGUUAAAUCUGUAAGUACUUUGACAUUUUCUCUAGAAUUUUGGAGACAAAUGAUCAAAUAGCUCUUACUUUUGUAAGUGGAGCAAACUGUCCUUCUAAAUGAACAUUAUAUUGAAAUUGUUUCAAGAAAUAAUACAUGCACAAGCACUAUCACAAGUUUUUGGAAUUCUGCUAUUGAUAGGCAUGCUUCAAUUUUAUUGAUUAAAGUAAGACUUGGUAGAGUUCUUCUUAAUAGUUUAAUCUGGACAUGUGAAGACCAAAAUUCAGUCUGGUCUUUGCAGUCACUAAUUUUCAGUCACUGGAUCAUAAUCAUACAUUAUAAUUAGCUUUAUUUGCAAUAAAAUAUUCCUUUCCACUUUACAUUUUAUGAAGUAAACAAGUCUGCUUGCUUGCCAAAAAUCCCUUACAGCGGAUUUUUAAAUGAACCUGUGCAUUCUGUUACAUGCACAAAAGGGUUAUGCAGGAAGUCCCUGGUUUUCAUCUAGCACUUUCCAAUGCUAGAUCUGAAAGAGCUCACAUCGAACAUAUAGCUGGUUAUGUCAGAUUUGUCAGCACAGAAUAAUUGGAGUGUUGAUGUAGAACCACUAACUCUUAGAAGAGAUGAAGCUGAAUAGGGAGCCUCUUCUCCUGUUGGCACUGAACUUAUGUGAUACCUAGAACGAUGAAUGCACAGUGCUUAAACAGCCCCAUAAUGAAUCUAUAAAACUCUGGAUUGACAUUGUGGCAUGCAUAGCUCACUACAUUCCCAGCCAACUUUUAAAACCUUGAGAUUUUCAGUGUUUGAAAUUCAAAAGUUUAGGUCCAAAAAAAGCUUAUGCCUACUGGGUCUAAGUUUUUUUUUUUCUUCCAUGAGUAACAGAACAGCUAAUAUAUGGCAGUCUAAGGCAUACUGUGAGUAGAGUGGUAGAUCUUAGAAGGAGACACUCUUAUAUUGUCUCAUGUUUGUAUAAUUGUGAGCCAAGUGAAAGAAGCAGUUUUAGUAUAGGUAAACAACUAAUCAAUAUGGAGAGAAGGCAUCCAAUUAAUUACAUUAACUGCAUAUUGUAUGCCAUCAUAAUACAAACAAUUUAGAUACUCUGGCUAUCUUUGUGGGCAAAUUUAGAGACUGGUAAUAGCACCAGUUUGACAGCCACAUGGAUUUCAGACAAUGCAAUUUGAUAAAGCAUACUGUGGGCUACAUUUGAUUAUUGGUUUGCUUAGAAGUUGUUUUUAUUUCCUGUGUUAAAUUGUUUUUGUUUUGUUUUUUUAAUGUAUUGCCAUUAUUUAUUUUGCACAUUUUUUGCAUUUCAGCUCAGUGAUGAAUCUGGCUUUUUUUUCAAUGCAGGGUUUGUUUUCACCUGCCAGAAAAUAAAACCCAAAGUCAUUUCAUAAACUUGAUACAUCAGAAACUAAAACCUAAUUUCUAUUUCUACUAUUGAGUAAAUUUAAGUUACGUGAUGUUUUCUUAGGAUAAUUAGAAACAAGUGUGCUUUUACUGAAAAUAAAUGUGAUUGUAUUAAAAAUGUCCUCCUGGGAAAUUGAUGUAGUAUUCAAUUAUAGUGUUAGAUAUUUGUGUAUAUAAAGUAUACAGUAAUUCAGGUUAAUGUUUCAUAUUAAAAUGUAUUUGUAAAAAGUAACAAGAUCAAUAGUUUCCUUAUCACCUUUUUAAAGUUCUGCAAAGAAUAAAAAUCACGAGUUAUUAGACCUAAGAUAGUCAUACCUUCAAGAUCAGCCUCUUUCUGUGGCUAGCAACAUGUUGUGCAUUGAUGUGAAAAUAUCAAGAGUUUGCUGUCUAAAUAAGUGAACUUAAAGCACGUUUUGUUUUAAUAUGCCAAAAUUGUCAAAUUUGUUUUUCCUGUUGUCCUGAAGCCACAUAUUUUUUAUGCCACACUAAAAUAAACUGUACCUUGCUCCAUUGUUAUAUUUCACAGACAUUAUUUUGGUCAUUUAAAGUUUUAGUCAUUAAUUAAAAUAUUAUACUUCUGCAUCAAUGGUAGACAACCUUCAGGCAGUAUACAAUUCCCAUACCUAUUUUUGCAGCUUCCUAGAGGGACCAUACCAUUGUAAUUCACUUUCAGUAAUCUGUAAAAUUAAAUUUUAAAAUCGAUGUGUUAAUGCUUUGGGAGGCCCUUUGUUCCACUUUUACGUUCCUCCCUCCCUGGACCACCAUCCUCCCCAUUGGAAAAAGGGCUGAAAUUUUCAUCUCACAGACUCUGCUGUUGUCCCAGCACAACUGUCACAUUCCCUAUGGCCCUCAGGUGCCAGGAACAGAUGCCCCAGUGUGGGGGGGGGGGAGAAUUCCACCCCUACAUUAUUAUUUCAGAGGGCAGGGUGGAUGUAACAUUUAUGGUUACAAGCAUUGAUUCCAUAUGCAUUCAUUUUUUGGCUUAAAUUAUUUUGGGAAAAUCCAGCUCUAAUCAGUUGUCUGAAAAAGCAUGUCUUGAAUGAAUAAAUGAGCCCUCAUUACCACUGAGUCUCAUUCCCAUAAUUUACCUUAACAUGGCCAUUGCAACAGUUGACCUUACUGGCUUCAAAUCACUUCAAACUUAGCGUAAUGCACAAAACUACAUGAAGUGUGUGGCUGAUUUAGCUUUUACCUUGCCUUAGAUCCAGCAGAGCCAAGAUUUCUUUCUGUGGAUAAUAAACAAAUAGUGUGAUCCUGUGUCUACAAUUCCUAUUUAAGCUCUCUUUGUAAUAUGAAUCCCUAAAUGAUCUCUCAGGACCACGUGCAAAAGUGACCCUCUUCUGCUUUUCACAAUCUACACCCCCAUGCACAGACUAAAAUGUCACCAUGCAUUUAUUUUACCUGUAUAUUAUAUAGAAGGUAAAUUAUAUGAGCAGGGCUUGCACACACAUGUUAAAUGCAAACUGGGGCACAUCUGCACCUCAACAAGUAUAUCUCAAGUGGGAAUUGCCUAUAUGUGUUUUUAUGUUGUGCACACAUGCAUAUACUUGCAUCCCAUGUAUCUUCUAAGUUUCAUCUGUCCUAUUCACAGAGACUGCCUCUUGUGGGACCUUAGCUUUAAUUCCUUCCUUCCUUCCACUGGCAGAAGUGCCUAAUAAAAUAUUUACAUAUUAAAGGUCCAUAAGGAAUCAGCCAUUUAAACUGAAGAUUUCAUGGUUCACACUUAUGUAUAUAUGCCUUAACUAAAUGAUGUACACAAUGAUGGCCAUGGGUUUUAAUAAUUACUUCAGCAAGAUGACUGACUGUGAAGAAUGUAACUCUAUUCUGUGGCCUGACCUGUACAGUUUCUUGUAGAACAACUUUGUUGUUCAACAUCAUAUUUUUCAUUGCAAUGCAUUGUUCAGAAUUACUGUGUUUUUUUCAACUUCCUUGUAUCUGUACUGUAAAUAUUCACAUUACCAGAAGUACAUUUAGCAAUGUGUUAUGGCACAUUAUGAAGUUGUUUCAGCCAUCUACCUUCUCAAAAGUUAAAAGCACUGUAGCUCUAAUUCUUCCCAGGACUCACACUACAUUGCUGAACAUUGAGAAUGCAAGUUGUAGCCCCUCCCUAAGCCUAGAACUAUCUGGACUCAUGGACUGAGAUGCUGGCUGUAUACAAUUUAUAUUUUGGCAACAUUAGAAUUUAUAAUAUGCAAUAUUUUGGUUUUCAUUGUACUGUAUGUAAUUCAUAUCAAAUUGUACAGUUACAAUUCAGUUUUCAUAAGAAAUAUUUUAAUAAGUA